GCAGGGAGACGGUGCGCAGCUCAUGCCCUUGUCCUGCGGUUCCUUCAUGUCGGCUUGUGGGCUCCCACCUCCAUAGGCUCCCUACCUGGUAACUGGAUGCUUUUGUGAUGCUGGAUCCCGUGACCCAUGGCCACUGUGAUAUGCCGAAGAUUGCGAGGAGGGGUGUACCGAACCAGCACAUUUUCAGCUGCGGUCAAGCUGGCGCACAAGAAGCUCCCCAAUGAUCACGGAAACGCUUACACUUUGCACAUCUUGGAGAAUGAACACGUUGAACCCGACAGAAAUGGUUUAAACCCAACUCUGUACAACCCAGGGGCUUAUGCAGGGCUCAAAAAAUAUAACCGCAGUGCGACAGAGAGCUAUGAGGUUAAUACAUUGCACAGUGACUACACUAGGAGUAAUGCCAAGCAGAUUCAAAAUACGUACAGUAUUAUGUCUUCCCGAAGCUUAUCUAGUGCAAAAAAUAAUAUAUUAGACUUUGCAUUUAGCAGCCCAGUUACCUCACAGGCUCGACUGCCAGAUAAUACAAAGCCACAGUUGAAAAAUGAGGCUGAGCCUAAGCUUGAUGGCUAUGAGGCUGAAAUCUAUAGCACCAAGGAAGAUCCAAGAAGGUUUCAGCAGGACAGGGACAGGCCGGAGUACAAAUCCCUGUGCUACAGCAACUCCACCCAAAAUGUAUGCACAUCUGUAGAGGAAGGGCAGCACCUUCUGAAACAAGUUACCUUUCUGAAGAGCAGUCUGACUCCCGGAGUCAUCGCUGACUAUUUUGAUAAGCUCGGCCAUUUACCUGACGAUCAAAUGGAAUCCGUACGGGCAGAUACUAAGUUUGCCAUGCUCUGCCGCUACAGCAUUGAAAACCUCCAGCAGUACAGUCACGCAGAGCUGAUCGGUAUUCUGAAGGCAUUUGUACGUCUCGAGAUUCCCGCGACCCACUCCAUGUUCAGUGUCUACGAGGUGGAGUUCUGUCGUAGGGUUUGGAACAUGAGCACAAACGACUUGCUGUUAGUAGCAGAUAUGUGGAGGUACUUGGGUCGUAGCGUACCUCGUUAUUUAGAGAUCCUAUACAGUUAUAUGGAACUGCGUUGGAAGGAUCUUAAUUUGCCCCAGCUGAUUCAGUUGAUCUAUAUCAUUGGGGAAGGGAGGAAGGCACCUCGGGAGCUGAUGCAGAAACUUGAAUCGAUGGUGCUGAGACACCUAGAUUCGCUCAACCUGGAAGAAAUCGGUGCUGUUUGCUUAGGCUUCUUUAAGUCUCAUAAUGGAUUGUCCGAGCAUCUCAUGAGAAAAAUCGGGGACAAAGUUUCUGACGGAAUGGACGACAUUAGCAAUUAUGCUUUAGUUAAUGUGCUUAAAAUGUUCCGCUUCACCCACGUAGAUCAUUUAGUCUUCCUGAAACGACUGGGACAGAUUGCACCGGGCAGAAUCCCCAGUAUGGGUUCCCAAGGGAUCAUGCACAUUGCUCUGUCUUGCGCUGCCUUGCAUUAUCUAGAUGAAAAUGUCAUGAAUGCCGUAGCGGCCACAAUUCCAGACAGGGUUGCUUACUGCAGAAGCAAAGACCUUGCCAAGCUUUUAUGGUCCUUCGGUGCUUUAAAUUACCAGCCUCCGAAUGCCGAUCAGUUUUAUGCCACCCUCACUUCUCAGAUUCGGAACAAACUGGGGGAGUUUGAGAAGUUUCCCGAACAUUUCCUCACCUGUUUGUUGGGACUGGUAUUCGCUAAAUACUAUCCGUUGGAUCUGAUCGAGUUUGCCUUAAGCGAGAAGUUUGUUAAAUUAGCUACCAAGGAAAGCUUGUUUGAGCUUAAAAAGGAUCUUUUCACUUUAGACGGAAGCGUGGAAAUCGAAUGUCCCGAGUACACGGGUAAUCACCUAUCGAUGGAGCUUCGACAAGAGGUGACAGAAAUGCUCCAGAGUUUCUCAAGGCAGGAUAUUUGCAUCAAACCUGAGGUUCUUGAAGCUGCUACCCUAAUAGAAUCCAUGUUGGGGGGACCACAGUACGUGAAAAAUCACAUGAUUUUGCCUCACACUAGAUCAAAUGACUUGGAGGUCCAUUUGGACGUCGGCGAGAAGCCCAUUCCUAUAAAUGUGGACACGGUGGGAUCUCCUUCUGUUAGCUCUGAACUGAAACCUAUGGGCAUCCAAAUAACGGAGGACCUUCUGGAUCAACUGUUGGACAGCAAUCGGAAAACUGUUCUGCACAAAGAUGUAGAAAAGCCAAAGCUUGAGACUGGCCAACGCAGGGUGGCUUCAUCUGUUCCAAAGGAUUACACAAAACUACUCAAUCCUGAUUUCUCCAGUGGUGUCCCCAUUACCGACAACCUAAUAUCUAUGCUGGCAAUGUCAAGGGCUUUACCUGAAAAACCUUUGUGCAAACCGAAAGCACGUGCAGACGCUUUCAAGCUGGCUAUCCAAGUAUCCAACCGGAAUCACUACUGCUAUGCCUCUAGGCAUCUCCUGGGACUCCAUAACUUGAAGAGAAGGCAGCUCCAAAAGUUGGGAUAUGUAGUGGUGGAGCUUCCAUACUGGGAAUGGUUUCCUCUGCUGAAACGUACACGUUCCGAGAAACUCGCUUACUUGCACCAAAAGAUAUUUAGCUCCGUGGACUACCUCCGGGGGUAACGUGCUUCUUGGUGGACCGGCAUCGUUUCUCUCAAGUUUGGGCAAUGCGAGCGGCAGUAGGAGAGGUCGAUGGUGGCAGUUGAAUAAAUUGCAAUUAGUCUAUCGGCACUUCAGCUUCCUUUUGUAAUUACCAGCAUUUAAUCCAGUUGUAUAUACAGUACCAGUUUGGGGGUCUGGGUACAAAAGCAGGUCACGUUUAAUAAUCAUAUUAAUCAUAAUUUAUGUUUCUUAAUGCCUAUAUUUUUUUAAAGUGGUGUUGCACAACCAGACUGCCCUAUUCUGAAAUCUUUAUUCUGUAUAAUAAACAGUUUAAUAAAAUAAAAGUCAGUGGUUUGAAUGCCACGGGAGUGACUCUAUCUUGAAGAUUCCUUUAUGGUGCUGAGAAGAGGUUUCUGUAAAUGUUUUAUUCAUUUUAGUGCAUUAAAACCAUAUAGUAGGA